CUAUAAAAAGGCCGUGGUAUGCCGGCUCGGGCUCACUGUCGGUCAGACGGUGUGUGUGCAAGUUAGAAAGAGCUGAGAGAACUCCGUUAGCUUCAAGUCAAACUCACGAGACGCACUGUAAACAUGGCCGCCGCCCAUCGUUUGGUCAUCGUCCGCCACGGUGAGAGCACCUGGAACCAAGAGAACCGCUUCUGCGGCUGGUUCGACGCCGACCUCAGCGAGAAGGGGGUGGAGGAGGCCAAGCGUGGAGCCCUGGCCAUCAAGGACGCAGGCCUCAAGUUUGACGUGUGCUACACCUCCGUGCUGAGACGGGCCGUGAAGACCCUGUGGACCAUCAUGGAGACCACGGACCAGAUGUGGCUGCCCGUGAUCCGGACCUGGCGCCUGAACGAGCGCCACUACGGAGGCCUCACCGGCCUCAACAAGGCCGAGACGGCCGAAAAGCACGGCGAGGAGCAGGUGAAGAUCUGGCGCCGCUCUUUUGACACCCCUCCCCCACCCAUGGAAAAGGACCACGCCUACAACAAAGUCAUCAGUGAGUCCCGGCGCUACAAGAACCUGCAGCCCGGCGAGCUCCCCACGUGCGAGUCACUGAAGGACACCAUCGCCCGCGCCCUGCCUUUCUGGAACGACAUCAUCGCGCCUCAAAUCAAGUCGGGGAAGAACGUUAUUAUCGCUGCCCACGGCAACAGCCUGCGUGGCAUCGUCAAGCACCUGGAGGGCAUGUCCGAUGCCGCCAUCAUGGAGCUGAACCUGCCCACGGGAAUCCCAAUUGUGUACGAGCUGGACGCCGACCUGAAGCCCAUCAAGCCCAUGGCUUUCCUCGGCGAUGAGGAAACCGUGAAGAAGGCCAUGGAGGCCGUGGCCGCCCAGGGCAAAGCCAAGAAGUAAGCCAAGAAGAAGGCAGAAAGAAAAAGACUGUUCCCCCUUGGAGCUGCAGCCUUUCCCCCGGUGCAGCCAUCUUUGUAGUCCAUUCCAGCUACGGACACGGUGAAAGGUUCUUUUGGAGACGGGCCGUAUUCAGCACAUGAGCCCGGUUUGUUUCAGUGACAGAGGACCUGUCCAUCAGAGCUGACGGCCCGGUCACACAUCACUCAGCCCUUUUACAUAGUGGUCAGGGCCUCACCGUUCUGGCACAACCAAUAAAGAAACCAUGUUUUUA